AUGCCAAAAAAGGAGAAGCUCUGUUGCGCCGAGGAGCUGUGGUGUAAAAUGCUGCUCAAUCCACUGGUCCGCCUGCAUGUGGGUGUUGUGUCCCGCAUGUGUACGGCAUUCAAACACACUAUAGACUACUCCAAGGUCCCUAAAAUCAAUGAAAGUGAUUUGUCAGAGCAGUUUGUUAGAGGCAGUGGACCUGGUGGCUCUGCUGUCAACAAAAAUGCUAAUUGUGUUGUUCUUACACAUAUUCCUACAGGUCAUGUAAUAAAAUGCCACACAAGUAGAUGCCAAGAUGAAAACAGGACAAGAGCUCGUGAGAUGCUAAUUACAAAAUUAGAUGAAGAGCUGAAUGGAGAAGAUAGUGUGACAGCACAGAAGAGAAGAUUAGAAAGCAACAAGUAUAAAAAAACAGAAUAUAAGAAAAAGAAAAUGGCACAAUUAAAGAGUGAGUGGAAGAAACGGGAAGGCUUGGCCUAAAGCCU